UUAUAUCCGCGAAACGAGGAGCUCGGGGCGCGAAACACGUCCAAUUCCACACCCGACACGGAGCAAGGAUUAUCAAUUUGCCUGGCACUUUAAUGGAGUUGGCCAAGAUGCGGGCCCUGAUCCUGCUGGCCCUGCUCAUCUGUUUGCCGGCCAUCAGGGGGCAGUCGCAGGAGGAGGAGACAUCAAUAUUAAACAGCAAUGGAACAAAUGGGCGAGCCUUUCAAAGGACUCAAUCAAGGCGCGAGGCAUUAAUUCCGGCGACAACGCAAAUGGCCCAGACGCUGGACAAAGCCGGAGCAUUUGGGCCAACAAUGGACGCUGCAGCCUUGGCUGUGGAUGAUGCAGCUCCUCGGGAUCGCUCCCGCAACAAUGUGGCCAUUAAUAACAUUAGCAACAAUGGCGAUCAGCGGCUGACCGCUGCCCUCGGGGCGAAUCUGAUUAUGAGCAGUCGGAAUAUCCAGGAGCAGCAGAGCUAUAGAAUCACAGCGCAGGACAACGCCACAUCUGCAGCUUCGAUUGCCCUGAAUGCAGUGGGGGAUUCCCCCCCAUCAGCAACAGCAGCAACAACAACAACCACUGAGCCUGCCACAACGACGCCAACGACAACAACAACAACGAGGCGCACAACCCGCCGCCCGGUGGCAACAACAACUAAGCCACCGCCAACAAUAGAUGAUUACCAGACAAUAAUUAGCCAGGCCGGCACCCAUGCCUAUCUGCCAUGCAAUGUCAAGCAGCUGGUGAAGAAGCCGAUAUCCUGGCUGCGGAUGAGGGAUGGGCACAUCCUUACCGUGGACCAGACCACCUUUAUCGCGGAUCAGCGCUUCCAGUCGGUUUUCUCCCCCAAUCCCGAGCGAUGGUCCCUGCAGAUCAAGUAUGUGCAGCUCAAGGACGAGGGGACCUACGAGUGCCAGGUGUCCACGGAGCCCAAGGCCAGUGCGAUAGUCCAUCUAAGGAUUGUAGAGCCGAAAACCGAAUUAAUUGGCGAGUCAACGCGACAUGUGAAGGCCGGAAGUCAAGUGAAAUUGCGUUGCAUAAUUAGCCAGGCACUGGAGCCGCCGCUUUUCAUUAAUUGGUUUUACAAUCAGAAGCAAAUCUAUUUGCAUAAUCGACGCGGUUGGCGUACGGAAAUUGAACGCAUCGAUCUGCCAGCGGAAGUGCCAACCACCAGCACCACCACCACCACAACAACGACAACGACAACCACUACUAGCACCACCACUACAGGAGCAACACCAACAUCAACAACAACCACAGGAUCAACAGGAGGAGCAACAUCCUCCUCCUCGGAGAUGCUCAAUGGCUUGGUAACCAUAACACGUUCGUACAUCCUAGAUGCCAUAUCCCAGAAUGAUGUAUCCGAGUUGGGGUCUGCUGCUGCUGCAGGAGUGGCUUUUGUCACGGAGACGUCGACAGCUCAGCUGGUUGCCGAGGUAGAUGCAACAUCUUCGACUUCUGGGACUACGGCGGGGGCAGGACUCCUUGCAGCCCCCACCAGUGCAGCAUCCUUGGCAGCAGGAGCCACCUCUGCAGCAGGAACUCCUGCGACAGGUGACUCAACAGCAGCAGCAACAACCAACACCUGGCUGACGACAACGGAGGCGGCAGCAACAACUGCCGCCACAACAACGACAACCAUGCUGCCGAGCAGCAGUUUCAUUAAGCAGAUAACAACGGCUUCGCUCAUCAUUCCGGCCGUAGUCAAACUGGAUUCCGGCAACUACACGUGCAGCCCCUCGAACAGUGCCCCCCGCACCAUUGUGCUCCACGUGCUGAACGGUGAAUAUUGCUCGGCCAUUAAGUCGGGCAGUGUCAGCUGGAGUGCGCUAAUUGGAUGUCACGGCUAUUUGCACUGGCGGAAUGUUUCAACGCUUCUGACACUUUUGUGGAUUAUUAAAUUUGCACUGGCCAGGGACAUCUGCCAACCGAAUGCCAGCAGAGCCACCGCAAGGACACCGGGCACAGGAGCAGGAGCAGGAGGACUACCAGCUGCAGGAGGUGAAAGAGGACCCAAAUCAGGGGCCAGCUUCAUCAGGGGCAGCAGCUCAAUUAGUGCCACCAAAGUGGCAGAGGACAAGACUUGAUUUGUCCUCGGGCCCUCGCCUGGUCACUUGGAUUUUACGCAUAAAGGAGGCUACGAAUUAAGAUUUUACUCGAUUUAAAUACACGCUAAAGCAGAGAGUAAGGAGACACCCAUCAUAAGGCAAUAUAUUCACGACUUCUCCCAUGCGUUAUAUUAAUAAUCAUACCAGAUUCAUAUUGGUUUUCCAUCUGAGUGUAAAUGAAUAUUGGGAGUCACGCUUAGGUUCCGGCAUAUCGCAUAUUUUGAUUGAAAUGUUGCAAGAAUUGUGUAAAUAGAAUGCACAGAAUUCGCCUUUAACGGAUAAGAACCAUUUCCUUACGUUAAUCAAUUGGAAUCUGCCAUGGUUGUAUCAUAUAUAAGUUAACUAAUCACAAAGAACUUGGAAGGAUUGAGAUUCCAUAUAUAAAUCACCGGUAUUGAAGGGAAUUUUAUGAAAUAAAAUCACAUAGUUCAGCUCUUUGGCCAAUGAAGAGUAAUUUUUGAAUUUCUUUCGUUUCCUUAAGCUAUAAAUUGUAAAUAUGUAUGUAUACCUUCCGAUAUCUGUAUGAAUACCCCUGAUUUUUUAAGACAAAAAUACAUUUUUAUGCAUAAAGAAUAAUUAUAAAUGAAUAUUGAAUACAAGUGUAAAUAAACGGGUGUUACUGCGUUCCAUUCAAAUAAUUAACCAAAGCAAGCCAAAAACUAAAUGUAAACAUUAGUUAGUAUAUAAAAGACUUACUAAAAUUUUAGACGCAGCCAAGCCAAGGAAACCCCUAAAUAAAACCGAAACCUAAUCAACUAAAUAAACAGAAUUGUAAGGAGUUGCUCCAACGUUGCGUAUACUUGAUUUGCAACACUAAAUUUUAUGGGAAAGCAAAUGAAAAUAAAAACGAAAUGGAAAAUUAAUUAAAACGAAAUGAAGUGUUUGCAAUAAUUCUUAAGCCAUAACGAAUAAGAGAAAUACAAAUAAAUAAAAUACAA